UGGCUUGAGGGGCUCAGAUCAGCUCUAGCCAUGUGGGUUCGACAUCAACCACUCUUCGUAGCGCUAGCCGUGCUCGGCACGGCCGUGCUGGCUCGCGAGCUGCCUGUCUUCAGGCGCCGUCCUGACAACGGCGGCCUCGUCGUCUCAGUGCGGCCCGUCCGCGAGUACAUCCCCAGUGACCUGGCGCCCGCCGCCACCCGCUACUGGGGCGACCUUGCCGUAGCUGCCAGCGGAGGCCACGGAGGAGGAGGCGGAGGCCACGGAGGAGGCGGCGGAGGCGGAGGUGGAGGCGGUGGAGGAGGAGGAAAAGAGAGCAGCUCCAAAAAGGGCGGCGGCUCCAAACACCACUCGUCCAGCCACGGCUCCAAGGGAAGCAAGGGUCACAAAGGUCACAAGGGCAACAGUGGCUGGGACAAGGGCGAGAAAGGUCACCACGACAAGGAGGACAAGUCCGGCCACCACGAGGAAGACGGCGGCCACAAGAAGGGCCACCACGAGGAGGGCGGCCACUACGGCAAGCACGAGAAGGGCAGCAAGGGUGAGAAGGGCUCGAGCUUUGGCGAGAAGGGAGGUCACAAGAAAGGCGACUCCACCAAGGGAUACCACAACACGUACCACAAGGACGAGUACAAGAAGGAGCACAAGUUCUACGACGACUUCCACAAGGGCGGCCACUCCAAGAAGUACGGCGACUUCCACGAACACCACGGAGACAAGAAGGGAGGCCACGAGAAGGGAGGUCACCACAAGGGCGGUCACCACGAGGACAAGUACAGCAAGAAGGGCCACCACGACAAGGGUCACCACGACAGCGAUCACAAGGGGUGGAAGGGCGAGCACGGCCACGAGGAAUACAGCGGCCACCACGACGACUACGGCAAGAAGGGAGGCGACGAGGGCCACAGCUCUCACGGUUUCAGCUCGGGCGGAGGCGGAGGUCACGGAGGCGGUGGUGGAGGUGGAGGCGGCGGCGGACACGGAGGAGGAGGAGGUGGCGGAGGACACCACUAAGCUGCUGAUUCCAACCCUGCUGUUCAUCAUCCUUUUGCCAAACCUGGCUUUCGUUAAUUUAUUGAAAUUUGAAUCCAGCGGCCGACAGAGGUGGCCAAAAACCCUGUUAAUGCCAUCAACCCUUUCCUCCAUCCCCAUCCCUCUCUUGUCACACCCGAAGGAUUCCCGGAAACUCAUUUUGACCCUGUUGUUGCUGCGAUCUCGUUGUUGUUGAUUGUUGACUUAAUGUGUAGUUAAUGUUAAAUGUUUUUAAACGGCUACAAAUUGAUUAAAAUGCAUUUUGUUGUUGUUACCUGCAAAUAAAAAAAAGCUAUUUCA